UAUACGGGCGACAUCACGCACUACGAUGUCGGUCUCGGCUCCUGCGGUUGGACGAACACGGACAGCGACGCCAUCGUCGCCAUCCCGCACGGCAUGAUGAACAACGGCAUCAACCCCAACCUCAACCCGCUCUGCGGUCAGUACAUCACCAUCUCCUUUAACGGCACCCUGAACCAGGCCAAGAUCGUCGACACCUGUGGUGGAUGCGAUGGUGCGAGCAUUGAUUUAAGCCCGACGUUGUUUGAGGCUGUUGCGCCGAGUGGAGAUGGACGUGUUCACAACGUCAACUGGUGGUUCAACAAUUAA